AUGGCGAAAGAGAAGCAGCAAUUCGCCGACCGGCAGAUCCAUGACAGCCUGCAGGACGGUCUCGCCCAACGCAGCCACAGCAGCUGGGCCUCACCCAUAAUUAUGGUACGCAAGAAGGAUGGGACAUACCGGCUCUGCAUUGAUUACAGGGCUCUCAAUGAACGAACCGUACCGGACGCUUAUCCCCUGCCCCGUAUCCAGGAUACGCUGGAUACACUGUCUACUGCCAGAUGGUUCAGCACGUUGGACCUUACCUCGGGUUACUGGCAGGUGGAGUUGACGCCAAGAGCAUGCAAAGCCACAGCAUUCUGCGCCAGGACGGGUCUCUUUGAGUGGAAUGUCAUGCCGUUUGAGGUUUGUAACGCCCCUGCGACGUUCCAGCGGCUGAUGGACCCCGUUUUGGCUGGCAUGCAGUGGGAGACCUGUUUGGUCUACCUGGAUGACAUCAUCGUGCUGGCGAGGGAUGUGUCGGAGAUGCUGCAGUGGCUUGGCCAGGUGUUUUAUAGACUGCAACAAGCUAAUCUGAAACUAAAACCUGCCAAAUGCUGCCUUUUCCGUCGGGAAGUGGCCUACCUAGGUCACAUAGUGUCUGAGCGUGGUGUAGCUACGGACCCCAGCAAGGUCCAAAAAGUCAGAAUGUGGCCCACACCGUCAUCCAUCCAGGAGGUCCGACGCUUCAUCGGUUUGGCAUCAUACUAUCGCCGAUUUGUGAAGGACUUUGCAUCCAUUGCUGAACCCCUUCAUAACCUAACUAAGAAAAAUGCUAGCUUCCAGUGGCAUGCUGAGCACCAGGCUGCUUUCAACAAGUUAAAGUGUCUCCUCACCUCGGCCCCCAUUCUUGGCUAUCCCAUGGACUGCGGGGAAAUGAUACUCGACACUGAUGCAAGUGACACCGGCAUUGGUGCUGUACUGUCGCAAAUCCAGGGGUGUGUGGAAAGGGUGUUGGCUUAUGGCAGUCGCAAGUUGCCAAAGCCGGAACAAAACUACUGCACAACAAGACGUGAACUUCUGGCCAUAGUGGAGUUCACCUCCCAUUUUCGUCAGUAUCUUCUCGGCCAGCCGUUUAAGGUGCGUACGGAUCAUAGCAGUCUGCGCUGGCUGACCAAAAUGAGAGAGCCAGAAGGACAGUUGGCUCAAUGGCUGGAGAAACUGGCUGAAUACGACUUUGAGAUUAUCCACCGUCCGGGUCGACAGCACACAAAUGCCGACGGCCUCUCCAGGAGACCCUGCCGCCAGUCCUGCCCAUGUAAAGUGCAGGACCCCUCGACACCACCCAAAACCAUCACCCAUCAAGCUGUCCGGUGCGAUUUGAACUCUAACAUCAGCUCCCUGUUGCUGAGUUCAGUGGGGGUGGAGGACCAACCUUCCACCACAGAGGUUUGUCCAGUGGGGGUAAGUCAAAACACCCUUACAAAAGCUACCGAGACUUUAGACCAAAACAUUUCCACUGAUACAGACAGAAUGCAUGCCAAUGUUCAAACUGAUGGAUGCACGGUGAAAUUGACAGAGAAAAUAUAUGUGGCUGAGACUGUUGACACGGCUUCUUUGUUUCAUGGCUGGACCAUGGAGGAGCUGAGCCAGGCCCAGGAUGCUGAUGUGGACAUUGCACCCAUACGCAGCUGGAUGAAGGCCGAUGACAAACGCCCCCCGUGGUCUGUGGUCUUGCCAUGCAGCCCGGCCACUAAGAUGUACUGGACUCAAUGGAAACGACUCUACUUCAGGGAUGGAGUUCUGGUCCGUCGGUUCUAUUGCCUUGACGACAUCCAAUUCUACCCACAGAUUGUGCUGCCACGUAAACUACAACUUGACGUGAUGAGACAGAUGCAUGAGGGGCCAGUGGGUGGACAUUUUGGCGUAGAGCGGACCCCGACCAGAUUAAGAACCCGAUACUACUGGUACCACAUGAGGGAGGAUGUUUCCCUUUGGUGUAAGACCUGUACCAGCUGUGCAUCACGGGCUCGACCCCAGAAGACACCGCAAGCCCCUAUGGGAACAGUCCAGCUAGGAGCUCCUAUGGAGUGCAUUGCGUUGGACAUUAUGGGACCACUAAAUGAGACGGAGCGUGGAAACCGCUAUGUGCUUGUGAUACAAGAUUACUUCACAAAGUGGACUGAAGCAUUUCCUAUUCCGAACGAGCGAGCUGUGACCGUUGCCGGUAUCGUAGCUAGUGAGUGGGUGUGCCGCUAUGGAAUACCUCAAGCGCUUCACAGCGACCAGGGACGCAAUUUUGAGUCUGAGGUGUUCCAAGGGAUGUGCAGUUUGUUUGGGAUAGACAAGACUCACACAACACCAUUCAGGCCGCAGUCAGACGGUCAGGUCGAGCGUUUCAACGCCACCCUCCAAAAGAUCCUGGCAACCACAGCAGCACGCUGCCAUUGGGAUUGGGACUUAAUGAUUCCUUAUGCUGUUAUGGCGUACAGGUCAACCAAACAUAGUGCCACAGGUUUCUCUCCAAACUUUAUGAUGUUAGGCCGAGAAAUAAGUGAACCAGUGGACCUCGUCGCAGGUUUGCCCCCUGAUCCGGAACACCAACCCACUGCUCCAGAGUAUGUGCAGCAGAUGCGGGAACGUUUGGAGUUGGCCCACCAAAUCGGUCACACGUGCAAAGAGACAAUACAACAAAAACUGCUGCCACACACAGUACAGAGUUGGAGACCCUGUGUGGUAUCUCAUUAA